CAAAGCAGCAUAGAAACACAGGCAUUCAAUCUCUUUCUCUUUCUCUCUCCUGCCAGCAGCUGCUCUAGGAUGGCUCCGGUGGAGCCCACGCUUGUUUCCCUCCUGCUGUUGGGUCUCCUGGCACUCCAGGCCCGCACUUGCCCAGCCACCUGUCGCUGCUACAGCAUGACCGUGGAGUGCGGCUCUUUGGGCCUCAAAGAGAUCCCAGGUAGCAUCCACCCCUCCACCCAGACAGUUUUUCUUCAGGACAACGGCAUCACGCAGAUUCACCAGCAAGACCUGGCGUCUCUCUCGGGCCUGCAAUACCUCUACAUGCAGAAUAACACCAUCUCAGCCCUGGAGCCAGGCGCCUUCCGCAACCAGAACCGGCUGCUGGAAUUGGCGCUCAAUGGCAACCGCAUCCACCUCAUCAACAGCAGCAUCUUUAAGGGCUUGGAGCACCUGCGAGUCCUUUACCUGGCAGGCAACCAGAUCACCCGGCUCCCCGACUUCACCUUCUGUGACCUGGAGAGGUUGCAGGAGCUCCACUUACAGGAGAACAGCAUAGAGACUCUAGAGGACCAGGCGCUGGCCGGUCUGACCUCGCUGGCGCUGCUCGACCUCAGCAAGAACAACCUGCGCACCAUCAGCCGGGUGGCUCUCCGGCCCCUUAUCAGUCUUCAGGUGCUGCGAUUGACAGAGAACCCUUGGCGAUGUGACUGCUCCCUGCACUGGCUGAGCUCCUGGAUCAAGGAGGAUGGGCAGCGGCUCCUGAGCCCCCAGGACAAGAAGAUCGUGUGCGCAGAGCCCCCUCGCCUGGCGUACCAGAGCCUGAGGGACGUCUCCGGCAACAGCCUCGUCUGCAUCCCGCCGGUCGUGCAGGUGGAGCCCCUGGAAGUGACGGCGCGGCUGGGUGACGACCUGCGCGUUUCCUGCCAGGCCUCGGGCUACCCGCAGCCCCUGGUGACGUGGCGCAAGCUGGUGCACUGGCGGGGGGCUGGGGGUGCCAGGGCCAGUGGCUCCCGGCUCCCAGGCGGGACCUUUGCCCUGAGUGAGCGCAGCGUGGGGGAGCGCUUUGAGCAGUCGGACACAGGCAGCGGGAUGCUCUUCCUCAACAACGUGACGGUGGCCCAUGCCGGCAAGUACGAGUGUGAGGCCUCCAACCCGGGCGGGACAGCCCGGGUGCUCUUCCACCUCAUGGUCAACCUCUCUCAGCAACAGCAGCAGACGUCACGUGGCUACCCGGCCUCGGUGGACAUCAGCCAGGAGCCCCUGUACGACAUGGAGAGCAUGGACUUCAAUGCCCUCAGCAUGGCCACGCAGACGGCCAUCGCAGUGGCCAUCUCCCUUCUGGCCCUGGUGGCUCUCCUCCUGGUGAUCAUGAUCUACCGGAAGCACCGGAAGCGGAAAAAGGCCAAAAAGGAGAACAUCCUCUAUGUCAACGACUACUCGGAUGGGCCUACCACCUUCGCCCAGCUGGAGGAGUACCGGGACGAGAGGGGCCAUGAGAUGUUUGUCAUUGACCGCAACAAGCCUCUCUUCGCCACCUACAAGGACCCCCAGGGCCUGGUGGGGGCCUUCCCUGAGCAGCUGCAGGAUCAAGCCACCCAGACCUUGGAAGGGGAAGAAGAUGGCCCCCCGGAAGCCAGCGAGCUCUUUGUCAACCAGGGACUCAUGUUCCAGCCUCAGAUUGCUUACGAAAUCCACUGCUGAAGGAUUUUGGGGAGGCAGGGAGAACCCACUAGCAAGGUGCCCAGGAAACCUUUGGGGUGGGUGGACUCCCCCUCCUCUUGCCUCCUUAGGGGAGCUGCUUCCUUGACCUUUCACCUCCGCCCCAGCCUUCCCGAUAGGUCUGCCU